GGUUAAUCGGGUCCGGCAUCCCCGCUCGCCCCUCCACGCACGCUCGGGCUGGCCGGCGCAGCCCCAGCGCCCUCCUUCCCUCUCCUCAGCUGCCUUUUGUAAUGUUUUAAUGGGGUUUCUUGCCGGGGCUGUGCUGACUUAAUUACAAAGCUGCAGUGAGUUGAUGCCUUGUGACGGUCUAAUCCCAACCCGGUGACUCUACAAAGCUUUUGCCUGGCUAUCUCCCUGCUCCACUUCGGCCUUGCCGUCUGUGCAUCCGUUUCGGUCCCCGUGUACUGACUCUUUGUGGACUGUUCAGCUUUUCCUCUCCCUGUGUCCUGCAGCUGACAAAGGACAGAGGACGACAUGUCUGCGGUUACGGGCACCUUCCGCAUCGUCUCGGAGGAGGAGCAGGCCCUGCGCUCCAAGCUGGAGCGCCUCACCACCAAGGACCACGGCCCCGUCUUUGGAAGGUGCGAGAAGAUCCCCCCACACACCCUGCAGAAGGCGAAGGACGAGCUGAACGAGACGGAGGAGCAGAGGGAGGUGGCGGUGAAGGCGCUGCGGGAGCUGGUGCGGGAGCGGGCGGGCGGCGAGGAGGUGUGCCAGGCCGUGGCCGAGAAGGUGCAGGGCAAGGAUGACUCCUUCCUGCUCCGCUUCAUCCGCGCCCGCAAGUUCGAUGUGCACAGAGCCUAUGACCUGCUGAAAGGCUACGUGGGCUUCCGCCAGCAGUACCCGGAGCUCUUCGACAACCUGAGCCCCGAGGCCGUGCGCAGCACCAUUGAGGCCGGCUACCCCGGCAUCCUGUCCAGCAGGGACAAGUACGGCCGGGUCGUGAUGCUCUUCAACAUCGAGAACUGGGACUACGAGGAGAUCACCUUCGAUGAGAUCCUUCGUGCCUAUUGCAUUAUCUUGGAGAAGCUACUGGAAAACGAAGAGACCCAGAUCAAUGGGUUCUGCAUCAUUGAGAACUUCAAGGGCUUCACCAUGCAGCAGGCAUCAGGGAUCAAACCCUCUGAGCUCAAGAAGAUGGUGGACAUGCUGCAGGACUCCUUCCCAGCACGGUUCAAGGCCGUCCACUUCAUCCACCAGCCCUGGUACUUCACCACCACCUACAACGUGGUCAAACCAUUCCUGAAGAGCAAACUGCUGGAGAGGGUCUUUGUGCAUGGGGAGGAGCUGGAGUCCUUCUACCAGGAGAUUGAUGCUGACAUCCUGCCAGCAGACUUUGGUGGCACCCUGCCCAAGUACGACGGCAAAGCAACUGCAGAGAAGCUCUUUGGGCCACGCAUCGAGGCUGAAGACACGGCUCUCUAACCCAGCACAACAGGCUCAGAGGUGGCUCUCUAACCCCAGCCACCUCCUUCCCGUAGCAUUGGUUGGAUGACUGCUUGUGAUGAGGUUGCUCCAUGCCUGUCCUUCCUCUUCCCUGCCCCAGACCAGGCAGCGGGCUGCCCGGUGGCUCUGUCUCUCACAGGCAGAGCAUCCUUCCCUCAGGAGCCAGCACAGGAAGGAGGACACCAGCCCUGGAGCUGCAGUUGGGGGACAGGAGAGCGUCUGCUCUGGGAAGGGAGGGCUACAGCGAGGCAGAAAUAAAGUGUUGAACAGCAGA